GUUUUGAGUGACAAGAAAGGACCAUUUACGAAUCGAAAGAGGUCAGAGCGAUGGAAUCACUGGACCCGCACCAACGCCCUCCAGAUGGAAUUCGAAAUGUCUAUAAGAAAUAUCAGAAGAUGAAGUCCACCCAGCUAGAUGGCGACGCAGACAUUGUGGAUCCAGAAAGAGAUAUAUUGAGAGAGGAAAAUACGAAGGUGAGAACGGUCAGAGAAAUAAAUCCCCAACAAUUGAGGGGCGCUUUCCGGAAAUUUGUGGAUGUAGAAGUCGACAUCCCCGAUGCUCCCAUUCCGGUUUACGAACACGCAGAUAUGCCCGGCCUCCACAUCCUCCCCGCACUCCUCCCUCCCCCCGUCCAAUCCACCCUCCUCUCCCGCCUCCUCCACCGCGACCUCUCCAACCCCACGCACCUCACAAACAUCCACACACACUACACCCUCUCCUACCCGCCCAACCACUCCUCCUUCUUCUCCCUCCCUCCCACCCACCCCACCCCCAUAGCCCACCCACUGGACCCAACCAUCCACAAACCCCUCCCCAUCACGCCCCUCCUAACCAAAAAGCUCCGCUGGAUGACCCUAGGCGGCCAGUACGACUGGACGCUGAAACGGUAUCCGGCAACGCCUCCCCCGGCAUUUCCACCAGACAUCGGGGAUCUCCUGGAGGGCUUGUUUCCGGAGACGAGGGCCGAGGCGGCGAUUGUGAAUCUCUACUCGCCGGGGGAUACGCUGAGCGUGCAUCGCGAUGUGGCCGAGAGGUGUGGGACGGGGUUGAUUAGUAUAUCGCUGGGGUGCGAUGCCUGCUCUGUAUAUGAGUGGGGAGAGCCGGUUCGCCUGGCAUGGUGUACCGCAGAUUGUGCCGGGGACGUGCCCGGGGUAUUUGGAGGCGUGGCCGGGUGGAAGUGGAGGAGAAGGGGAAUAUGA